AUGGCUCAAGGCUUGGAAGAAGAGCGCGCUGGCACCACUGCAAAAGCAGGCCCGGAUAUCAUUUAUGCGGCCAUUGAUCAGAACGAACAUGAUCUCAAAGAAAUCAAUCGAAAGAUAUUCGAAAACCCAGAACUCGCAUUCGAAGAGCACCAAGCACAUGACAACAUUGUCAAACUCUUGAAAUCAAAAGGCUUCGCAGUCACCCAACGUGCAUACGGCAUAGAAACUUCGUUCGAAGCCGAAUAUGGAUCCGGUGGCCGCGUUGUGGUCUUCAACGCAGAGUACGAUGCUCUUCCCGGCAUUGGACAUGCCUGCGGCCACAAUUUGAUUGCAACUGCAUCCAUCGCAGCCUUUCUUGGAGUUGCCGAGGCUUUGAAAAAAUCUGGCAAAGAAGGACGCGUAAGACUGCUUGGUACGCCUGCAGAAGAGAAUAAAGGUGGAAAGAGGUUAUUGGUCGCGGCUGGUGCGUACAAGGACGUUGAUGCUGCGUUGAUGCUGCAUCCCGGUGCUCAGUCGCGGCACAACGGACGCAGUGGUACUGCAUAUGCGCACACUCUGGCAAAUGAGAAGCUAGUUGUGCGUUUCAAAGGGAAAGCGGCGCAUGCCUCGAUGUAUCCCUUCAACGGCGUCAAUGCUCUUGAUGCAGUGAUGUUGUCAUAUUCGGCAAUUAGCAUGCUGAGACAGCAGAUCAGACCAUAUGAAAGGAUCCAUGGGAUUGUGAACGAAGGAGGCAAGGCCCCGAAUGUGAUCCCUGACUCCGCAUCACUGAAUUAUGUGAUCAGAAGCAAUACAAAGAAAGAGGCUAUGAGAUUAAAAGACCGCGUUUUAAAGUGCUUUGAAGGCGCAGCUAUUGCAACCGGCUGCGAUUGGGAAAUUGACAUGAACGAGUAUUUUCAAUAUUCAGACCUGCGUCCUAAUAAAAAAAUUUGCACUAUGUUUGCGGAGGCUAUGGAUGACUUGAAUUCGCCUGUCAAUUGCGAUUUACAGAGUCAAGUUCCAGGUCUCGGAUCAACAGAUAUGGGGAAUGUAUCAUACGUCUGUCCAGGCUUCCAUGGAUUCUAUGGAAUCCCCACUGAAGAAGGCGCGUACAACCACACCCCAGGCUUUACCAAGUUUGCUGGGAAGGCUGAAGCACACGACCUGACAAUCGUAGCUGCCAAGGGCAUGGCAACUGCUGGGUGGAGGGUGCUGGAGAGUGAACUGGUUGCUCAGAAAGUGUGGCAGGACUUUGAUGAUGACGAGGAGACGCAGAUAUAUAGUCCGUGA